UCUAAAGAACACACACACAUACAACGAGAAAAAGGUAUCCAAGAGCCCGAAGAGGUACACCUAAAAAUCCCUGCAGCACCGUAUGCGUGCCCAAAAACUCAAUUGCACGUCCGUCCCACCGAUCGACUACAGUAGCAUCACCCCCUCGCUGUCCCACUCUAUACCAAAACGAACGGAAGAUUGCCGACUACAGCAUACUGCUGUCUGAAGUGCUGUCUGUACAAAAACACCAUGGCGAAUAUGUUGUUUCUUCUCGUGUCUUACAUUGAAACCGUCGAAGGUGAAGAUCGGAUAAAAUCGAUACUAGAGUUGCCAACGCCAACAAACAUCAAAAGUUUGCGAUCAGUCCUAGGAACGGUCAACUAUGUCAGGAGAUUCAUCCCAGACUUAGCCGCUGUCACCGCACCAAUGGUUGACCUUACGAAGAAAGACGCAGUGAAGAAGUCGGUAGCGAAACGCUGGGGUCCGAAACAUGAUGAAACAUUUGCCGAAGUGAAACGAUUACUCACCAACCCUCCUGUUUUGCAUUUUCCGGACUUCUCUAAAGAAUUUGUUAUCCACAUAGACGCAUCUGAAGUGGGAGCAGGAGCGUUCCUGGCACAACAGAAUUGUGAUGACGUGAAUAUCGUAGCAGACUUUAGCUAGCUAUUCAACAAAGCCAACCACACUACUCUGCCACC